AGCUGAGUUAAAGCAGAUGAGAUGAGUGUUGAAUUUUCGUUGUGCUUUGUGUACACGUAAUUUGGUAAACAUAGGCCUAUUCCAUUUUUAAGAUAAUUUGUAUUAUUUUUUGAGCUUGUUUAUAAGCACUUUAAGUAUUUUUAAGUUUUAAUUUUGUUAAUAAAAGCUUAGUCCAGCUAAUAAACAUAUUGUUACUACGUGAAAUGUCAAUGUUUAAGUGUAUUGAAAGUUUAGAAGAGAAUCCAGAGGAAGUAUUUCUUCAGGUGACAUCUAUUCUUCUAAGACUUGUUGAUAAUGUUUUACAUUAUCCUUCGAACCCAAAGUACAGAAAACUACGACUAGAGAAUAAAUUAAUUUCUACUGUUAUUAUGCCUUCCAUAGGGGCAAUGGAGUGCCUAUUUGAAAUCGGCUUCCAAGAGGGAGAAGACGCUCUACUGUUACCACCAGAGAGCACUUCCAUAGACAAACUUAAACAAUUUCGAGAAGAAAUUGCCAAGAGGAGAAGUAAAUACUUAAAAGACAACAACAGUACAAAUAAUCAAACAUCACAAAAUAAUUCCAGUGGGAAUAGUGAACGACAGUCAACCCCACAACCAGGAGCAGCAGCUACUUCCCAAUCCAGACCUGUCGUCAGUCGUAAUAUUUCCUCAAAUUCAACACAGACCCAAAACCAGUUCCUGGAGAAGCUGCGGCAACACUCUACGAUGGUGUUGCAGUACGAGAAAGAAGAUACCAAGCGGAAAGCGUUGUCUGUGUUACCACUCAUUGAAAUCAACGAGCGAGUAGAGCGUCGCAUGCGCCAGCAUCAGCAGCAUGCGCUCAAGAGUGGGCAGCCGAUCAAUGAGGACAGUCUACAAGAGACGUUGUUCUUUACUGAAUUAAUGUGUUGGUUCAAGAAUGACUUCUUUGAGUGGGUCAACUCUCCCAAGUGCACUCAGUGCGACUGUGAUACCAGUUUUGUCGAAACAAGUACUACCUUGAUAGAGUCAAUUCGCGUUGAGGUAUACAAGUGUGGAAAGUGCUCAGCUAGACUUACAUUUCCGAGAUACAAUGAAGCCAAAACACUGUUGGAGACAAGGAAAGGUCGGUGUGGUGAAUGGGCCAAUGCUUUCACUGCAGUUGUACGAGCUCUCAACUGGGAAGCUCGGUUGGUCUUCGAUGAGAGUGAUCAUGCCUGGACUGAGGUGUAUUUCAAAUCAGAAGGGCGUUGGGUGCACUGCGACCCGUGCGAGUGUGCCCUGGACAAGCCAUUGCUCUACGAGAAGGGGUGGAAGAAGAGACUGAGCUACGUUAUCGGUUUCUCGUGUGAGGACGUGCAAGACGUUACUUGGCGCUACUCGGCCAACCACUUGACGCUGCUGCCUCGCAGAAGACUGUGCACCGAACAGCAGCUGGUGCGAACCAUAGAGGAGCUCAACCAUCUCAGGCAAGCCAACUUGUCAUCUGCCAGGAGGAAAGCCCUAGCGAAGCGCACCCUGGUAGAGCUGGUGCAGCUGAUGUUGCCGGCUUCUGAUACCGAGGGAGAUACGCAAGGGAGGCAGUCGGGUUCGCUAGCCUGGCGACUGGCACGGGCGGAAACUUCACUAGCGCAGUCGGGGGCAGAGACUUCUCUGGGUCAGGAAGAAAAGAAGGCUUACGUCUGGACUCCCACAGCCGAGGAAGUUAGAGAAAAGAAGAUGGUGAUCACUUACUGUACAGGAACAGACAUGUACAGUCGAGGACUGGUUGAAGAGAGAGCGAGAGGCUGGAGAACGAGAGCGUUUGCUGCGGACAAUAUUUUCCGUAAAGAAGAGAAAGACUGGAAGACUGUCUACUUGUGUCGUACCGAGAACAGCACAGAAGGCAGAAUCUCGUGGCAGGUGGACCUGACUGCUAGUGAACUGCGGGUGGGUGAUGUUGAGGUGCAAUGUCCGGCCACUACCUACGAGAACGGCACAGUUCUGUGGCUGCUGUGUUCAGGGGACAAGUGUGUUCGGGUCAGUGAUGGCCACAUGAAGACUUCCGAGCUGAGAGGCUGUGCUAACCUAACCCUUACGGCUCUCUUAAAAGGGGGGAAGGGAGAUGUGGCUUGGCAACACGCUCAGUUGUUCCGUCAGCCGCUGAACGCUACAGACACAUCGUUCUCGCUCAGCUUGUCACUCAUCAGCCCUUAGCACAUUCAUUAGUCUACCACUAUGUAUAAUAAAAAUAUGUGAUUCGCCUUAUAUUGAUUAUUUAGUACCGAAAUAUAAAAAUAUAUUAUUUUUGUAACUGAUCUCCGUUGUAAUUGUUUAUGAUAAAGUGUAGUUAAGUAUAUGAGGAAUAUUUAAAACGUACGAUUUAUGACUGAUUUAUGUUGUACAGGUUUAACUAAUUUUGUUUAGUUCAUAACUAUCUGUGUCUUAAAAGGUAAUAAAGUAACGCAAACUUGUGUGAUUGAAUCAUUUAAAGAAUGGCUGAUCUUCCAAAUUUAUGGAGUGCUCAGCAAGUAGUAAGAUUUGUUUAAUAAUCAUAAAAUAUUUCAGUUUUGACAUAAUUUUAAUAUUCUAUGAUUUGUAUACAUCAUAAUUAUCUCCUGGAGAAUUGUUAGUAAUUUAUGAGAUCUCAGUUUGAUUAAUUUCUUGUUUCCACAAACUACUACAUAAUAAUAGUAUACUUGAAUAAAUUUAGAAAAAUUAUAUUAUAUGGAUUAUUGUUAAAUCUAAAUGGGCCUACAAAUCUACAGAUAAAUUUUAUUAUAAUUUCGAA